GCAUCUCUGGUGUAGACCGGCUGUCAUUAUUUUUGUUUAAUUAUUGCUAUUAUUGCAGAAAACUGAGAAAACUCGUGAUUUUUAUCGGAACAAUAUUAUCCUAAAGCGAAAUAAUAACUGAUACGGUGAUAUAAAUGGCAGAUGAGGUGGCAAAGGCCCAAGCGGCCAGCACCACAAGCGAGGAGGAUACAAUCUUCGGGAAGAUUUUACGCAAGGAAAUCCCCUGCACUUUUAUCUAUGAAGAUGACAAGUGCGUUGCAUUUCAUGAUGUAAAUCCUCAAGCUCCAACCCAUUUCUUGGUGAUUCCUAGAAAACCGAUUGCGCAACUUUCGAAGGCAGCUGAAGAGGAUGUAGCUCUGCUGGGCCAUUUGAUGUUAGUCGGUAAAAAGGUUGCCGCUGAACAAGGACUAGGUGACGGUUUUCGUGUCGUAAUCAACGAUGGACGCAACGGAGCACAGUCGGUUUAUCAUUUACAUUUGCAUUUCUUGGGAGGUCGGCAGAUGAAAUGGCCACCGGGUUAAAAUUCAAGUUGUCAAAGCAGGGAUAAACAUUUCAAAUGAAUAAUAAAAGUGGUUAAAAGUUGCUUGCAAUAUA